AUGGGGAAGGCGGCGGUGACGACGGCGGUGGUGUGCGCCGCGGCGGCAUGCGCGGUGGCGGCGCUGGUCGUGCGGUACCGGAUGCGGAGCUCCGGUAGGUGGGCGCGGGUCGCCGCCCUGCUGAAGGAGCUUGAGGAGCGGUGCGCCACGCCCGUUGGGAAGCUGCGACAGGUGGCGGACGCGAUGGCGGUGGAGAUGCACGCCGGGCUCGCCUCCGAGGGCGGGAGCAAGCUAAAGAUGCUAAUCAGCUACGUCAACAACCUCCCGACCGGGGAGGAGACAGGGUUGUUUUAUGCUUUAGACCUUGGCGGAACCAACUUCCGCGUCCUACGUGUGCAACUGGGGGGUAAGGAGAGGCAUGUACUAAAGCAAGAAUUUGAGGAGGUCUCCAUUCCACCGCUUCUAAUGGUUGGAGGCUCAGAUGAACUUUUUGAUUUCAUUGCUUCAGCUUUAGCAAAGUUUGUUGCUUCUGAAGGUGAAGAUUUUCACCUUCCUGUUGGUAGGCAGAGGGAAAUUGGAUUUACCUUUUCUUUUCCUGUGAGACAAACCUCUAUAGCAUCAGGCACCUUAAUUAAAUGGACGAAAGGUUUCAAUAUUGAUGAGACGGUUGGGGAAGAUGUGGUGGCUGAAUUGACUAGGGCCAUAGAAAGACAAGGUCUUGAUAUGCGAGUAUCAGCUUUGAUUAAUGAUACCGUUGGAACAUUAGCUGGGGGGAGAUAUCAUGAUAAUGAUGUAGUUGCUGCCGUGAUAUUGGGCACCGGCACAAAUGCAGCCUAUGUAGAGCGUGCCCACGCAAUACCUAAGUGGCACGGUCUCUUGCCAAAAUCAGGAGAGAUGGUUAUCAACAUGGAGUGGGGAAACUUUAGGUCAUCCCAUCUUCCUUUAACAGACUAUGAUCAAGCAUUAGAUAAUGAGAGUUUGAACCCUAGUGAACAGAUUUUUGAAAAGUUGAUCUCUGGAAUGUACCUGGGAGAAAUUUUACGACGAGUCCUUUUGCGGCUGGCUAAGGAAGCUUCCCUUUUCGGAGACAGUGUUCCUCCAAAACUUGAAAUUCCGUUCAUGCUACGGACUCCAGUCAUGUCAGCCAUGCAUCACGACACAUCACCUGAUCUUAAAGUUGUUGGUGCCAAACUGAAGGACCUCUUGGGGAUCCCCAACACCUCUCUCAAAGCAAGAAAAGUGGUGGUCCAGAUCUGCGACAUCGUCGCCAGGCGUGGCGCUCGCUUGGCCGCCGCUGGUGUAGCCGGCAUCCUGAAGAAGGUCGGGCGAGACACGGCGGUGAAGGGCGGAGAGAGCGUGCCAAGGACGGUCGUCGCCAUGGAUGGUGGACUCUACGAGCAUUACACCAUAUUCCGCGAGUGCUUGCAGGCCACCUUCGAGGAGAUGCUCGGAGCCGAGGCCGCAGCUUCUGUCGUCAUCAAGCUAGCAAAUGACGGAUCGGGCAUCGGCGCCGCCCUCCUCGCAGCUUCUCACUCUCAGUAUCGAGAACUCGAACAGUCCUGA